AUGGGUCAGAUUUCUAUCAGAUAUGGUUCAGAUGCACCAGAGGCGCACAUUUGCACUGGCUCUUUGGUCACACCAAUUUUUGUUCUGACCACCAUCGAAUGUGUGACAAACUCCUCAUCCCUAAACCUCGAUCCUGAUACAUUUCGUUCUGAAGACGCUGAUGAUGAAGGUGAUGAUGUACUCGAUGAUGAAGGUGAUGAUGAACUCGAUGAUGCAUCCACAGAAGAAACUACUACGAAUUUAGGAACCACUGAAAGUGUUACCUUGGGUGAUUAUGAAGAAGUGUUGCCAGUGUGGAAACUGUGGUUGGCAGCUAGUGGUAGAUUUUCAGGAAAUUCUGAAGAUGGUCUUCCAAGGAAGGAAGUUGCGAUCGAAGUCGCUAAGAUAAUUUUACAUAAACUCAGUGGACUGGCUUUGGUAAAGGCUAUCUAUCCAUUUCCGAUGACCAACGCCCUACUAAGUCUAGCCAAUUUACCUUGGGACAAGACACCGAAUGGAUCAUCAAGUUACAUGCCUCUACAAAAGGUUGAUUUUACUACAAUGUUUGACUUUUGCGAAAUCGUUAAUAAAGUGGCAAAUACUUCAAAGUUGACUAUAAUUCCGGUGGUGUUCUCCAAACCAAAUUGUUCUUUAAAUCAAGGUAAAAGAAAGUUGACGAUGAUGCCAUCUGAAGAUGAUGAUCGAGAGAAGAAAAAACGAAUUUGUGUGUUAGAUGGUGGUGCUCCAUUUGUCUGUGGCUAUAGCAAAAUUUUAUUUGGUGUAAUAAAAGGAAGACGAACACAUUGUUUCAAGUAUACUGCCGAACAAGUACUAAUAUUUAUCGACCAGUUUGCUUAUUGGCUAACACAUGCAACUGUAGAUGAAAAAGUUGGUGCUUAUUUGAACUGUACUUCAGGCAAUCAUCAUCACGUUUUAAUAAUCAUAUUAAUUUGUACAGUUUCGGUGAGGGAGCUGAACGAAACUCAUUCAAGACAUUUAUGUGGAGGUUCUUUGAUAACUCCUUCUUGGGUUCUGACUGCCGAAAGAUGUUUAGUCGCGGUUACUGCAAAUGGUAGACAGCCAGUAGCCCCUCACAACAGGGCGGUUCUGGCCGGGAGGUUCUGGAGGCACCUGCACCGUUCCUCUCUGCCUGUGGAUAAUUCGCACGCCACUGGUGGGUACCCUUUUGCUGGAACUUCCACGGGAUCUGCAUCGGUCACCAUAAUUGCGCCUCCGAGUUCUGUGCAAUUUAGAAAGGCGUCGCGUUUAUUGUUGCACGAGAAGGAGACUGAUAAGGAACAUGAUAUAGCAUUGGUGAAGGUUUCGCCCUUCGUAUUGACGCCAUCAGUUCAACUUGCAAACAUCCCUUGGAUACGAGGCGAUUUUGGAAUGACAAGUAGGCCUCCGAUUUCCGAGAACGAAGAUGGUAUUGUUGGAAAAGGCUAUGCUCCCGGCGGUAAUGACGAUUUUCUGAACCCUCAUCAGCCAGGACGAGCUGAACCCUGGAUACCGGAGCAGGAGCCUUGCUCGCAAAAAGUUGCUCCACUCGAUUCUUUGUUUGCUGGGGGUGAAGAAGUUAUUGCUGUCAAAGAGCCGACAGUGGAGGUGUCCCUGACUUCGCCUAUAUCCGAUGCCGGCAACUUUUUCCCUGCCGGAGGAGUGCCGCUGCUGCGUCUGGAUCGACGCAGUUUCUCCUGGUUAUUCGGAGCAGAAGGGCGGAGUGUCCUAUCCGGUGCCUCAUAA